AUGAAAUCUUUGUUAUUGAAUUUGGUAAGUAUUUUAGGUAAUUUUUCAUAUGAUCAGAUUAAUUUAUCAGAUAGGCGAUUAACAGAAAGAAUCAUUGCAGAAUCACUUAAUGUUAUUCCAAUAGCCACAUCGGGUGAUGUGCCUAAGGCGAGAAGUCUUCAUACACAUAUCAACACCGGAACGAGUCUUUUUGUUUUCGGCGGUAAAUUUGACAAUCCUGAAGAUAAACUAGAUGGAAACAUUUAUAUGCUCGACAUAGGUUCAAAGUAUGUUUGGAGCAAACCAACAAUCACAGGAAAUCUUCCUGGAGGAAGAUAUGGUCAUACAUCUACAGCAAUUGGAACAAAAAUAUAUAUUUUCGGUGGUCGAAAUGAUGAAAAAUAUUUAAAUGAUUUAAUAUAUUUUGAUAUCAAAAACUUCAAAUCAAUUAAGAAAAAAAAUAAAUUAAAGUUCACUUUAAGUAAAGGAAAUAAUAAUUCAUCUGUAUGGAAUUUUAUUGUUCCGGCAAAUUCUUCACCACCUGCAAGGAUUGGACAUAUUUCUUGUAAUUAUGAUGAUAAAAUUUAUAUAUUUGGUGGGAGUGAUGGAGAAAAAUAUUAUAAUGAUACAUGGUGUUAUGAUAUAAAAGAAAAUACAUGGAAAGAGUUAUCUUGUACAGGUUACAUACCAGCUCCACGAGAGCUACAUAGCGCAACAAUUAUAAAUGAUGUUAUAUACACUUUUGGCGGAAGAACAAAAGAAGGAACUGAAAUUAAGGAAUUAGAAGAUUUGUGCGCUUUUCGAAUAUCAAAUUUAAGAUGGCACAAGUUCCCGAAUCUUGGUCCAUCUCCAAGUCCUAGGUAUAGUCUUAAUAUGACGGCGUCUCACGAUAAAAUAUGUGUCUUUGGUGGUGAUUGUUCUCAACCGCCAAAAAUAGACGAAGAUGGGAUAAUACAUAUUUUAGAUACUUCAAAAAUAAAAUUUCCAAGUGGAAUUCAAAAAAAAGAUUUUGCUCAACGAGAAAAUACGGGAAAUAUGACUGCUUUGCCACCUCCAGAUUCACCACCAACAAUGUCACAACCAAAAGUUAUCAACAGCAAAAUAAUAAUACAAACAGGCAGAGAAUCAUCUCUCCCACAAAGACCUCCUUCUUCAAAAGGAAGGUUAUUUGAAAAUGUGAAUUCUUUUCGACAAGAUGAUUCGCCUACUAAUUCUGAAAUUAGUUCAUAUGAAUUGCAAACAAUAAAUGCAGCUCAAACACAACAGCAACAAGAAUUUCGGUCAUCAGGGGAAAUAAUUCGUAAGAACUUAAUAGAAUAUAUAGUUACAGGGGAUAUCAAUAAGAAUGAUUUGACAGGAUAUAAUAGUAAUCCUUCGUUACCAUUACCUAUUAAGUCAAGUAUUAACAUUAAUGCUUGGUCAAACCCUAUACAGGACAUGUCAAUUAAACGAGAUUUUUUUGAGGUUCAAAAUUCAAUUCCGGAAGAUUCAAUAAUGACCACAAAUGAAAGUCCUAAUAUGCGAAUUUUUCUCGAUAAUCAGCGAAGAAUUUCACAUCGACGAACAACUUCACAAGAAUUAUCAAUCUCAUCACCAAGAGUCUUAACACCGAGGAGAAUCUCAGUUGAUAGUAAGCCUACAACACAAGAAUUAUCAUUAGGGCCUUCACAGAGACAAUUUCCUAUCAGAAGAGCUUCCGCAGAUAAUUAUAAAACAACUAAACAAAUAACAGAAUUUCCUUCAGGACGAAAAUCUAGCGAUAAUCAAAGGACAAUGACACCAAUUAUUGAAUCUCCCUCGAGGACAACCUUUGCUGAUAAUCAAAAAAUUAUUACGUCGACGAUUGAACCUUCUUCGAAAAUAACUGUUGAUAAUCAAAAAUCUACAUUUGUAAUGGAAUCACCCUCAAAAAUUACUUUGAUUGAUAAUCAGAGGAUAAUAACUCCAAUAAUGGAAAUUCCCUCGGACACAACAUUCGUUGAUAAUGAAAUAACAAGUACGCCAAAAACGGAAUCUCCCUCACACACCCCAAUAAUGGAAAAUCCCUCUACCACAACUUUUGUUGUUAAGGAAAGAACAAUCACACCAAUAACAGAAUCUUCCACGAAAUCAAGCACAACAUUUGUUGAUAAUGAAAGAACAAUUACACCAAUAGUAGAAUCUCCUACCGAAACAACAUGGACAACUUUGGUUAGUAAUCAAAGAACAACCAUACAGACAACUGAAGUUAAUUCAUUAAAUAUUUCGAUUGAUAAUCGAAAACUUGCUUCACUCUUUGAAGAACAUCCCUCGAUAAUAUCGGUUGGAAGUCAAAAAACCACACAAAUAACAGAAUUACCUUCAUGGCAAACUUCUACUGAUAAUAAAAUGGAUUCGCCGAUAACAGGAUUUGCUUCAACCACCACCGACUCAACGUUGACUAUGCCAGAAUCAUCAAUAAUUUCUGAACAAAAGGAAUUAGUUUCAAGUGAAGCUACAAGAAAUACGACAAUGGACGUUAGUGAAAAUAAUACCGAGAAAAUUAAAAACAUCCAAAAUGUUACGAGAAAUGAUAGUUCAACUACUUCAAUUGAUAAAUUUGCUAAACGGUGUUCAUCAGAUUCUUUGACAUCGUCAUCGUCAAAUCAAAGCAAUCAUUCAUUAUCAAAUCGUCGGAAUGGAAAAGACACUCGUCCACGUGGUGCUAGGCCCAUGGGUGCCAGCAGACCAAAUAAUAGUUCUCCAUUACACAUAAGAACAGAUUCCGAUCAAUUAAAUCGAAAUAGUUUGAUAAAAUUACAAGAAUCAUUGACACAUUCAUCUAGUAAUGGUACAAAUACUCCGGAUAAUUUAUCAGUUGCUUCAUUGCGAAGUGGACAUUUUGUUUUUAAUGAUGAAGAAAAUACUCGAGUACGAUCAUCAUCACAGUCGAAAUUACCAAAAUCUUCUAUCUCGGAUGUCAAACCGAAUAACGAUGAUAGUGGGAAUGAAAAAGCACAUCAUGAAAGUGAAAGUGACGGUUCAAUAUGUGAAAACGAUGAUAUCAUGACAACAUCGUCGAAGACGGAUGAUAGUAUUGUUUCUCAAUCACCUAAAAUAGAUGUCACCGAAAAGGUUUCAGAUAUAUCUCAUCCAAAUAUGGAUGGUGAAAAUUUAAAACAGGAAUUUGAACAUCAUCAGUCAAAUAUAGAAGAAUUUAAACAACGAGAAUCAUGGUUUAAAGCUGAACUGGAUUCGGCACGUAAAUCAGGAUUUACACCUGAUCUAUAUGACGACGGGAAUAAAGAAGAUGGAGGUGCAGUGGAAAAAGUCGAACAAAUGUUAAUUAAUGGGAGAGAUGAUGAUGAAGUAUACAAUGCAGAACAAAGGAGAGUUAUGGAAUCGAUCGUACAAAUUCAACAAAGGUUAUUGAAUGCAAAAGCGAAGAUAUCAAAUCAAGCACAGGUCGUAUCACAAAAACUUUCAUCAUCAGAACGAGCAAGAUCGACAGCGGUAAAUGAGGCAAAUUAUUUUAGGACGAAAUUAGAUACUUUGGUCAAAUUAUCUGAAUCCAAAUUUUCAAAUGUUGAACUAAGUCAAACAAAAGAAUUGGAAAAACGAUUGAUUAAGACAUUAACGGAAAAUAAAUUGUUAAAAGAUCAAUAUCUUGAAUUGUGUCAACUAUCAAAUUUAGAAAAAACCACAAAAAAAUCGGUUAAUGAUCAAAUACAAAUUGAUAUAUCAAGAGCCGAAAGUACCGAAAAAGCAAGCGAUAGAGUCCUAGCCAAAUUAGCCGCCUUAAGGUUAAAAGCUGCCACAUCCGAGUCUCAAUUAGAAAAAUCAAAUAAACAAUUAACAAAGGUAAAUAAUGAAAUAAAUUUAUUUAAGAAAGAAAAUUCCAAUGAUAGAUUGAAAAUGAAAAGUCUACACUCGAGUUUGGAUCAUCAUCAUCAAGUUUAUGAACAAGUUAGUAGUGCAGUAUUGAUAGCCAAUGAAAGAGCUGAAGAAGCCGAAAAAUUAUGGAAACAAUCUAGAAAUGAUAUUUUGAAAUUAGAAAAAGAAGUGAUAGGAUUAAAAAAUGAACUGGAAAGUAAAACGAGAGAAUUGGAUCACGCUGUUGACAGAGUUGAUGAAGUUGAAAGAUUAUUAGGUAAAGUACAAAAAGAAGGUUUGGUGGUUAGAAAUAUGAUGCAAGAAGGAAUGACUGAAUUAUUAAAUAUUAGUUGGUGGGAUAAAGUUAGUAAUAAUGUUUGGGAAAAUGCUAAAAUUAGAAGACUCGAAGAAGAAUUAGCUCUUCUUAAAAAUUCUCAAGAUGAUGAUAAUAUUAUAAAAUUAUAUGAAUGA